AUGAAUUAUUUACAGAUGGAGGGCAAGUUGCUCUAUUUAGCGCCUGUGGUGCUUUUCGCCUUCCUUCUACAGGAUGUAGCAGGGCAAACUUACUACAACUACUAUUCACCAAAGGGGUACUACGGGCGUAACCUGUACGAGCACGGACGUUCUAUUUCUGACGACCUGGUGAAAUGCGGUCCCCACACUUGUGGGGCUGGCGCGCACUGUACGCAUGGAACCGUGCGCCCCGUGUGUGCUUGCCUGCCUGGCUACUCGGGAGACCCGCUAUCACAGUGCAUCAAGAUUGAAUGCGUCAGCAACGACGAUUGCCGCAGCCAUCAGUCGUGUGUGAACCAACACUGCAUCAACCCGUGUGAAGGAGCCUGCGGUAAUAAUGCUAACUGCGAUGUCCGUGAGCAUGUCCCAGUUUGCUCAUGUCCUCCAUCGUACACCGGUAAUCCAUUCAGCGGCUGCAGGGUCGCUGAUCCAGAGGAAGCUUGUCACCCAUCUCCAUGUGGUGUCAACACUAAGUGCCACGUGGCCAACAACCAAGCCAUUUGUACUUGUCUUCCUGGAUUCAAAGGUAGCCCGCUGACUGGUUGCACGCAUGAGUGCGAAGCGGACAGCGACUGUGCAACGAAGCAGUCUUGCCGAGACUUCAAGUGCGUGAGUCCGUGCGGCGACUGCGGAGUCAAUGCUGACUGCGAGACCGUGUCCGCUCACCGCGCCAUAUGCAAGUGCCCCAGGGGUUACUUCGGCGACCCAUACCGUAUCUGCACCGCCGAGUGCGAAUCUGACAGCCAGUGUCCGAGCUACAAACCGGCGUGUUUGUACAACGCCUGCGUGAAUCCUUGCACUAACGCUUGUGGUGUAAACGCCGAUUGUAAUCUCCGCGGAUUAACGCCCGUAUGUUCAUGCCCUAGGAACAUGACUGGCGAUCCUUUCACAUUCUGCAGGCCUUUCGAAGCACGUGAUCUCUGUGAGCCCAACCCAUGCGGUAAAAACGCUAAGUGUACUCCGGGCCACGACCGCACAGGUGCCGAGCGCCCAGUGUGUACCUGCCCUUCCGGAUACAUUGGCAACGCCCUCGUAGCAUGCGAGCGAGGUGAAUGCGAGCUGGACUCUCAGUGCGCUGAUAACUUGGCGUGCGUGGGCUUCCAGUGCGUGGACCCGUGCUUAGGAAACACACAGUGCGGUUCAGGCGCCGUUUGUAUGGCGCGUCGUCACAUUGCUGUCUGCACCUGCGCUAACGGUCACCUCGGAGACGCCCUUAUAAACUGUUACGAGACAAAUUCAGUAGCAGCUUCUCGCUACUACAGAUUCAAACGUGAUGGAAACUACACUUCAGAACCGGAAGCCCCGACCAUUACUGCCACAGAAAUCGUUGUUGAAGCCACUCCUAAGCCAAGCACCGACAAAGUCUUAACCAAAAAGGUCGAAACCAAAAAGGUCGAAACUGAGAAAUUGAAAACCGGAAAAAAACAAUAA